UAAAUCAUCACAGUCAUUACAAAUAACAAAAAUGAAUCAAUGUAACAUAACUUUACUAAACCGUAAACGUUAAAUUAUUAAACGAUAUCAAAGCUAUACGUACUUAACUAGUAUCAAUAUCAAAAUUCAAAACGUAAUAAAAUAAGUACCUACCUAUUUCGAAUUCUCAAUGAAGAUGAUCGUCACAACACAAACACUUAACGAUCAUCUUUAUCGAGAAUUCGAAAUGACACUUGUAUUAGCCAUAUCGUCACAAGCACAUAACGAUCAUCUUUAUUGAGAAUUCGAACUACACGUUUUGAAUUUUGAUACUAGUAUAGAUAAUAGAUAUAAGAUACUGCUUUAAUAAUUAUUCAACAUAUAGUAAAGUUAUGUUACAUUGAUUCACGAAUUAUUUGUAAUGUGAUGAUUUAUACAUAUAUGACGAAAAAAACGACGUUGGAAAAUAUAUUUUUAUUUUUUUAAAAGAAAAAUAUAGAAAUAUACACGAAUACACCAUCAUAAAAUAAAAUACAAGACCAAAACGAAAACAACGGACGAAAGAGAGACAACAGAUAAAAACUAACUCGCUUCUGAUUGGUUACACAUAUUUGCUCUCGAGACGCUCGUGUAAAAAAUCCUAAAAACCAUAAAUGGAAUAAUUUGAAUGAAACCGAAUGAAACCAGUGUUGCCUGCUUCCCACACAAAACGACUUGCGACGUUGUCAAAUAUCGCAAACACGAACAGCCAAUCAAAUCGCAGCAUUUGUGAUGCUGGUCGAAUAGUUGUUUACGAAAAGCCAAAAAGAAAUUUUAUUCCCGGUCUUUUCUGUUCGAAAACUUGCAAAUUUUGAAUUUUGAGAACUUUUCCGGUGAAAGUUUGACGUUUGAAAGUUGCAAUCGAGUAAAAUAAGUAUCAUUAGUGAUCCAGUGACGAUUUUCUUACGUAUUUUGUUCGAUAUAAAUUCGUACGAGAGUGUAAUUAGUGUAACUUCAUGUUGUGUUUUGAUACAAGGAUGAAGAUUUCUCCUUUUUAAUUCAGUUUUUUUUGGUCAACGAAGUGUACGAAAUUCUGGAGUUAUUCAUUCGCUACGAUGUUAUUGUCAAGAAACACAGAACUAACAAACGGUGAACUUUCCACCGAUGUUCCAGCAACGAUAAAUGAAUCAGGAACUGAUGAUGUAAUAUACGAACUCGUAAGGGAGACCAAAGUAUCGCAUACUGCUUCUCGAGAAAAUGCUAGCAAACAAGUAGUAACCCUAUUCGCUCAUAAUCCGAAGAUUCGUUUCAAUCAAUUACGUAACACUAUCGAACAUCUAGUCAAAGAAUUUGCAAUCAUAACGAGCAAACAAAUUCCUGCUCGAGAGCUCCAAGAUAAUCCUGUAAACGUAAUAGAGUCGAGUUAUUCGUCGAAUUCGAACGAAACUAUCAGUAUUUGUAGAACGAGAUCUCACGAUAGAAAUAUUUGCUCUACUGAACAGUUCCUACAGGAUUUAAAGAUGUACUCGAAGACUAAUAAGGAUCAGUAUCUGAAGAUUGUACCUACUGGAUAUUGGCCUGAAAACGUGCUCAGUGAAGUGUACGUUUUCAGUAAACGACAACAUAAGGAUUUCUGUUCGCAUUUAAGUUCGUAUCUGCUCUCAUGUAGAAGUGAAAUUAUAUUUUUCGACAUAUUGGAAGAGUUGACCGAAAUCGACGAUGAAGUCAAAUUUUAUGAAGAAAAAGUUACCGUAGAAACGUCCACUGUCAGAAUCCCUGCUGAGACGAUGUAAAUAUUUUAGUAGAAUAGCAAUUUAAGUACUAUAUUUGAAUGAAAUGUUUAUUUUAAUGACCAUGUUAGAUUUUGAGAGCUAUUUUCUAUGCUCUAGACUGACUAUUUAUUAUUUUUUUAAUCUGCGACGAUGUAAAUAUAUUGGUGUGAUGUCGUAGUUCGUGUACAAUAUUUCAAUAUAAUUUUUUUUUCGAUUAUGUA